CUGCCUCUGUGGGGUGGGCUGGUGUUUCUGGAGCUGCUGCUGGGUCCCAGGAGGCCUCAGAGGGUCAGCAGCCUCCUGGCUGAGCUGGUUUCUGGGAAGGGCUCCCGGGACGUGGCCGACCACAUGACCAUCCAGAUGGACGACUCGGACUCGAUCACGGUGUCGGAGCAGAGCGAGCCGUCGGCCGAGUGCUGGCAGAACAUGUACAAGCUGCUCAACUUCUACUCGCUCAUCUCAGACCCCACCGGCAUCCUGGAGAAGAGCUCCCCGGAGGCCUGCCUCUCAGGUGGGCCCCGCCUAACCCUAACCCUAACCCUAACCAUAACCCUGGAGAAGAGCUCCCCGGAGGCCUGCCUCUCAGAGGGAGGCCGCCGCCCGUCGGAACCGUUCUGCAGAGUGAUCUUUGAGAACGAGCAGGAGGACCCGGCCACGCCCGGCCGCCGGCGCCGCAGCCUGGUGAGCUCGGAGCCGCAGCACGUCACGCUCAUCGUGUUCGGCAUCGGCAUGGGGACUGGGAUGGGAUGGACGGGCCCUGACCAGCAGAGUCUGUCCGGUGUGGCUCACGGCUCUCUGUGGGUUGUGUUUGCAGACAUCCUUCACCAGAAGAUGACGGAGACGUGUGCGUCUGCUCACAUCGGAGGAGUGAACAUCGUCCUGCUGGAGGGGAUCACGCCCGACAUUCAGACGGUGGUGAAAUGCAACAUUGCGAAGUCUCAGGCUCUGUACAGCGCUCAGCGCGGGCUGCGCACCAACAACGCGGCCGUGUUCCGGCUGGGCUCCAUCCUGAUCAACAUCCCGCAGCACCCGGCCACGCUGCACAGCAUGAUGGUGCGCAGCUCGCACCAGCUCUCCAAGCAGAUCUCCGACCUCAUCCGCCAGCCCGCCGCCGCCCCACCGCCCCACCGGGAGGACACGCCCACCCCCCAGCCCCCCGACCGCGCCUCCAGCUUCAACCAGACGCCCGUGGAGGCCAACGAGUUCCCGCAGCUGCCCGAGGGCCUGGAGAAGAAGCCCAUCGUGCUCAAGUUCAGCGCCAUGAUGGACGGCAUCACCAUCGGCGCCGCGCUGCUGCCCUCGCUCAAGGCCGAGUACAAGAUGGGCCGCAUGAAGAGCCACGGCAUGACGGGAGCUCAGACCAGCUUCACCUUUGAGCUGCCGAACCACAAGCUGUGCUUCCAGUCCAAAGUGUCCCCGGUGGACAUGUCCACCAUGUCCCCCUCGGCCAGCCUCACCCUGCCCCCGGUCACCAUGUCGGGCGAAUACAUCAUGGAGGACCACGACAGCCACUCGGACCAGGGCUGGGCCCCGGACGACUUCCCCGCCAAGCCGGGCAACUACCUGCAGGGCAACUACCUGCGCUGCGUGGCCGAGAUCGGCUCGUUUGAGCACAACCUGACCACGGACCUGCUGAACCACCUGGUGUUCCUGCAGAGGGUCUUCAUGAAGGAGGUCAACGAGAGGGUCUUCAUGAAGGAGGUCAACGAGGUCAUCCAGAAAGUUUCAGGGGGAGAACAGCCCAUCCCUCUCUGGAACGAGCACGACUCCUCAACAGAUGCAGACAAGCCCAAAAUCCUGCUUUAUUCUCUCAGCCUCAUGUUCAAGAUGCAAAUCAAGCUAACCCGAGAGGAGCAGACGGAGAGGAAACGAUGGGGGAGGUGGAUUUAUGUGUUGAGGUGUUGGUCGGUGUGCCCGGCUGUUUUCCAGGGGAUCCAGAUGACGGCCACCACGCCCUCCAUGCGGGCCGUGCGCUUCGAGACGGGGCUGAUCGAGCUGGAGCUGUCCAACAGGAUCCAGUGCAAGGCCCAGCCGGGCGGCAGCAGCAGCUACCUCAAGCUCUUCGGCAAGUGCCAGGUGGACCUGAACCUGGCCCUGGGACAGAUCGUCAAGCACCAGGUGAGCGGCCUCCGUCCGGGCGCCCAGGCCGGCUCCGACUUCCACCAGGUGGCGUACUUCCGGACUCGGAUUGGGCUCCGGAACGCGCUGCAGGAAGAAAUCAGCGGCUCCUCGGACAAAGAGGCCGUGCUCAUAACGCUGAACAGGCCCAUCGUGUUCGCCCAGCCGGUGGCCUUCGACAGAGGAUGUUGGCCUGCUCUGUUCGGCGAGCGCUGGCCUAGCCCUAACCCUAACCCGGGCCGCGGCGGCGCCCCCGCCGAGAGGAACAUCGACUUCGAGCUGGACGUGCGCGUCGAGAUCGACAGCGGGAAGUGUGUCCUGCACCCGACCACGCCCCAGGCCGAGCACGAGGACGUGUCCUUCAGGAGGAGCUGUGAGCGCAGCGUGCGCAGCCUGGACCAGGAGUCGCCCCCCAAGAAGAAGAAGCUGCAGCCGGCCUACAGCUCCACCACGCACCUGCUGGCCGGGAAGAAGGGCCCGGCCGCCCUGCAGAGCAAGCCCAACGACCUGGAGACCACCGUCUUCUACAUUCCAGGAGUGGACGUCAAGCUGCACUACAACUCCAAGACCCUGAAGACGGAGUCCCCGAACGCCUCGCGGGGGUCCUCCCUCUCCAAAGAGUCCAAGCUGUUCGGUAUGAAAGAUAGCGGCCCUCCAAACCCCCCCCAAAGCAGGACUAACUCGCUCCUACCUCCCCCGCCCCCACCCCUGCCUCCAGGUACUGAGCCCUCCCUGUUUUCUGUGUUCUCACUCUCCCUCCACCCUAACCCGUAUAGAGCUGGGUUAACCCUAACCCUAACCCGUAGAGAGCUGCCCGCCCCCCCCGCUGACCUCAUGAUCGGAGACAUGGACGACUUCCCGGACAUCCGAGUGGACGCUUCCUCCCCCGGGCCGCGGGUCACCUUCAACAUCCAGGACUCGAGCUUAAACGGCCCGCUGAAGGCGUCGGUCUUUUAA